CUCGAUGGUUUCUGCGCGGCGCCGGCCGUUCUAGCCACAUAGGGCUUUCACUCUUUGGUUUCCGGAUCCGAUCGGAUCUGGGCGCUUUACCUCCUGGGUAAGCGCUCUGCACGUGGAGAGGCGAGUGGGCUUCGGGACCCUGCGCCGCAGCCCGCAUGUUCGAGGAGCCUGAGUGGGCCGAGGCGGCCCCAGUAGCUACAGGCCUAAGGCCCGUGAUCUCACGGCCUCGGCCGGCGCCACCUUCGCAAAUCAAGGGUCCCAAGCGCCGCCAGCUCUUGGCUACAUUACGGGCCUUGGAAGCAGCAUCUCUUUCCCAGCAAGCCCCCAGCCUACCUGACAGUGACUCUGAGGAGGAGGUGGAAAGGAAGAAAAAGCAACCUAAAAGGACAUCGUUUGCCAGGGCCUCUGUUGAAUCAGGGGACAGAAGGAAGAAGAAAUGUCGAAAGCAGGGCCCUCCUUGCCGUGACUCUGAGGGAGAGGAAGUAGAAAGAAAGAAAAAGGUCGGCAAGCGGGGUCUUGUUGGCAGUGACUCUGCUGAGGAACAGAGAAAGAGGAAAUGCCAGAACCCAGCCCAGCACCUGAACAGUGUUGACCAAACAGAUUCCCAAAUCCAGAAGAGUAGUGCUACAAAUGGGCCACCCAAGUCAAGCCCUGAGUCCUCUUGCCCUAAACCCUCCCAUACCUUGACUCGAAAGCAGUGGCGGAACCGGCAAAAGAACAAGCGGAGGCACAAGAACAAGUUUCGGCCAGCUCAGGCUCCAGACCAGGUUCCAGCUGAGGCCCCCACAGAGGAGACAGAGGUACCUUCUGUUUCCAAGCCAGACAGCCACGAGGCUCGUGCUGAGGCCCUCCGAGCCCGCAUGGCGCAGAGGCUAGACGGGGCCCGAUUUCGCUACCUCAAUGAACAACUUUACUCAACGCCCAGCAGUGCUGCGCAACGCCUCUUCCAGGAAGACCCUGAGGCUUUUCUCCUCUACCACCGUGGCUUCCAGAGCCAAGUGAAGAAGUGGCCACUGCAUCCAGUGGACCGCAUUGCCAGGGAUCUUCGCCAUCGGCCUGCAUCCCUAGUGGUGGCUGACUUUGGUUGUGGGGAUUGCCGCCUGGCCUCAAGUAUCCGGAACCCUGUGCACUGUUUUGACUUGGCCUCUCUGGACCCCAGGGUCACUGUGUGUGACAUGGCGCAGGUGCCUCUAGAGGACGAGUCAGUGGACGUGGCUGUGUUUUGCCUUUCACUGAUGGGAACUAACAUCAGGGACUUCUUAGAAGAGGCAAAUCGAGUACUGAAACCAGGGGGUCUCCUGAAAGUGGCUGAGGUCAGCAGCCGCUUUGAAGAUGUUCGGAACUUUCUGGGGGCUGUGAGCAAACUGGGCUUCAAGGUCAUCUCCAAGGACCUGAGCAACAGCCACUUCUUCCUGUUUGAUUUUCAAAAAACUGGGCCUCCUCGGGUAGGGCCCAAGGCACAGCUCUCAGGACUGAAGCUUCAGCCGUGUCUCUACAAGCGCAGGUGACCUGGACGCCCGUUGGAAGGAGAGGCAGGGCUCAGACUCCAGGCUCAGGAUGGUGAAGACUCUCAAGCAAGGUGGUGAGCCAAGACCGCACUCCCUCUGGCCUAUGAGCAAAGUGUGAUAACACCGUGGCUCAGCUCAGCCCCAGUGAAGUCUUCUUAGAAGCAUAAUGUGACUUUGGCUAGCUAAAGAAUAAGGAGUUUAUUAUGAGAACCUGGAGCUGUCCGGGAAUCAUGUGUCACCUUAGGUAGCAUGAAAACUGGACUGUCUGGAGAUCAGGGAUCUCUGGGUUUUACUCCUCUUUCCAAUUCUCUAAAGCCACGUAGCUUCUAUUUGUUCUGUUUCCAUCUGCUCAAGCCCUCAAGGCCGCAGACAGGCAGCUCUUGCUUCUAGGCAGUUCCAAUCCGGGCUCACCACUUAGAGCUGGGGUCACUUAAUCUCUGAAUAUCAUAUUCUUCAUUUGGAACAUGGUAUAAUUCCUGUCUUAGAAGGCUGUGUUGGUUAACUGAGGAAAUCUAUGGCCAGGGCUGGAAACAUAGGAGGUGCUCAAUAAACUAGCUAUGGCUGUUA